UCCCUCCCUCCUCUUGUACUCCAAGGUCCGAAUUAGGCACAAGUCCUUCUCUUCUAGUUCACGAACUUCCCAACUAACCCUGCCUGCUCGAUACCAGUGUCAGAGAAGUGCACGAAAUCUUUUUUUUUUCUUGUUUUUUUCCAAAUGGGGCAAAGCUGCGAGACUCGUAGUUGUGUCGGAGGCACACAUCUGCCCGAGUAAGGCGCAAAAUUUACUUUUGAAACUGUGGAAUUGUAAUCCCAACGACGUAAACCGAAUGGAUAUGGACGACUGGGAUUUGAGCGCGGAGGAAUUGGAUUCUCUGGAAAGAGACGCUCUCAAGCAAAUUGCAGAACGCAAGUCCCCCUCUUCUUCUCCUGCUACUUCCACGACUGUGACUAGUGGUGCUACAUCUUUGGACUCCGGGUUUUCUUUUCAUGGUUAUGGGCCCCAACAGAAUUUACAUUCCAAGCCUCAACCAGCUGCUCCACUGGGGAGAUCUCCGAUCGACCCCCGUCCCACCCAGAAGUGGUUUUGCAAUCAUCACUCUCCCCAGAAAGCCAUAGACAUGUGGAUCCCAUCACCAAACUGUUCGAGAGUCCAGAAUUCUGUAUCAACUCUUAAUAUUGAUCCUUCACCUCCUGCAUCUAUGAUAUCUCCUUCGUCCAGUGCUUGUGACGUAACUGAUGACUACUCAAAGCAACAGCCUCCUAAACUCUCGGUCAGGUUAUUCGUACAUGCUAGUGGAAAUGUUGCUGCAAAAUUCCCAUAUGACCCGCUAAUUGUAGCAGCAUUCCGUAAGAUCCAAAAGGCCAGUUGGAAUGUGAAAGAAAGAUUGUGGAUAUUUCCCAUGUCUUCAUUGAUUACAGUGGAAAAAGUUCUUAGUGAUAUAUCUGACGCCAAACUGGAGGUCGAGAAUUUAGAUCCUUUAGUACGGCGAGCUAUUGCUGCUGCAUCUGCAGUUCCAGAUCUUCAAGCUCGCUAUCACCUCAUUCCUGCAAGUAUUGAAUCGAGGCUUCUGCCUUUCCAGCGCGAUGGUGUUAGAUUUGUGCUCCAACAUGGAGGGCGUGCCCUCCUAGCUGAUGAGAUGGGGCUUGGGAAGACUCUGCAGGCUAUUGCUGUUGUCUCAUGUAUUCGUGAAGCAUGGCCAGUUCUAGUUCUCACUCCAUCAUCGCUGAGGCUUCAUUGGGCUUCUAUGAUUCAAGAUUGGCUGAAUGUACCUUCGUCAGAAAUACUUGUGGUUUUAUCUCAAUGUGGUGGGUCAAACAGGGGUGGAUUUAAUAUACUGGCGUCAAACACCAAGAGGACCAUCCAACUUGAUGGUGUUUUUAACAUCAUAUCCUAUGACAUUGUCCCUAAGUUUCAGGAUGUCCUGAUGGCUUCAGAAUUUAAGGUAGUUAUUGCAGAUGAAUCACAUUUCUUAAAAAAUGGCCAAGCAAAAAGGACAAAUGCUACAGUUCCCAUAUUGCAGAAAGCUCAAUUUGUGAUGCUGCUCAGUGGAACGCCUGCUUUGUCACGACCGAUUGAAUUAUUUAAACAGCUGGAAGCCUUGUAUCCUGGUGUAUAUAAGAAUGUCCAUGAAUAUGGCAAUCGGUACUGCAAGGGUGGCACAUUUGGAGUCUAUCAGGGAGCAAGCAAUCAUGACGAGCUGCACAAUUUGAUGAAAGCAACAGUGAUGAUUCGCAGACUUAAAAAGGAUGUCCUUUCGGAGCUACCUGUAAAGCGCCGACAACAGGUGUUCUUGGAUUUAGGGGAGAAGGAAAUGAGACAUGUUAAUGCCUUAUUUUGUGAGUUGGAGAUAAUUAAAUCCAAAAUUAGGUCCAGUCACUCCAAAGAGGAAGCUGAGUCACUUAAAUAUGCUGAGAAGAAUCUCAUUAAUAAGAUAUAUACUGAUUCAGCUGAAGCCAAGAUUCCAGCUGUUCUGGAUUAUUUGGGAACUAUGAUAGAGGCUGGCUGCAAGUUCCUAAUUUUUGCACAUCACCAACCAAUGAUCUGCUCAAUACAUCAAUACCUGCUUAAGAAAAAAGUUGGGUGUAUUCGUAUUGAUGGUGGUACCCCAGCUGCAUCAAGGCAAGCUUUAGUUACAGACUUUCAGGAGAAAAGCAGUAUAAAGGCUGCUGUGCUGUCUAUUAAAGCUGGUGGAUUUGGAUUAACCUUAACAGCAGCAAGCACGGUAAUCUUUGCAGAAUUGUCUUGGACACCAGGUGACCUGAUUCAGGCAGAAGAUCGAGCACAUAGGAUUGGUCAGGUAUCAUCAGUCAACAUAUACUAUCUGCUGGCAAAUGACACAGUCGAUGACAUAAUAUGGGAUGUUGUGCAGAGCAAGUUGGAAAAUCUCGGACAGAUGCUCGAUGGCCAUGAGAAUUCCUUGGAAGUAUCCGUUAAUCAGCAAAACAGUAGCCCUGCAAAGCAGAGAACCCUAGAUUACUUCACGAAGCGUUGCACCAACUCAUCUGACCACGUGCCAAUAUUCAAACAUGCAAAGCAUUGAGGAUUUUGACCACAAACUGUUGGCCCAAGACGGUAAUGAUGUUUGCUUUUUUCAGUUCAUACAGGGGCGCGUAUAAAAACAAGCAUUGAUUUUAGAAUUUUGGUAAUGCAAAAUUUUUGUCUUCCAUGAAUGUACAACUGUAAAAUUGCCUUGUCAUGAUGUACAACGGAGAACUGUUCGCCACAUUGCCAACCAAAA